AUGGCGAGCUGGUGGCGCGCGUUUCCACGAGCGGCGCGUCGCUAUCCGUGGCCCACUAACGUGCUGCUCUACGCCGGGCUCUUCUCCGCCGGUGAUGCGCUGCAGCAGCGACUGCGGGGCGGCCCAGCCGACUGGCGCCAGACGCGGCGCGUGGCCACUUUGGCCCUGACCUUCCACGGAAACUUCAACUACAUGUGGCUACGCCUGCUGGAACGCGCGCUGCCAGGCCGCGCGCCGCGCACGGUCGUGGCAAAGGUGCUUUGCGAUCAGACUGUCGGAGGGCCAGUAGCCCUCUCUGCCUUCUAUGUCGGAAUGAGCAUUCUCCAGGGAAAGGAUGACAUAUUUUUGGACCUGAAGCAGAAAUUCUGGAAUACAUAUAAGAGUGGUCUGAUGUACUGGCCUUUUGUGCAGCUGACUAACUUCAGCCUUGUCCCUGUGCACUGGAGGACAGCAUACACAGGACUCUGUGGCUUCCUCUGGGCCACCUUCCUGUGCUUUUCACAGCAGAGUGGCGAUGGUACCGUGGAGUCCAUGUUCAUCUUCCUUCGAAGGAAGGAGGCGGGUGACAAGUCCCCAGAGAAGUGAGGAGUCAGACUGCCUUCCGAGGACUCAGUUCUGUCUCUCCCAAUCACCUGCAGCAGGCCUGCUUUACUGACCAGUUGUGGAUUCCAUCAUGAAGACAUUCCGUAGGCUCACUUGAUUUGAAAUUAUCAAUUAUUAUUUUAAUUUUUAUCCAAACCUUUCCCAGUCAUUCUAGUCUGAAGGUCUUAUUCUCUGGUAUUUUCAUGUCUUUAAUGCUUUGGUUAAAAACUGCAACAAUGACCUGUGACAUUUUAGAAUUAUUAAUAUUUUUAUUCUAAUAUUAUAUGGCUAGUUGAAUUUUUAAAAAAAACUCCAGUUUUGAUUGUAUUUCUAGCCUAAACUCUCAGUCUAUUUCCUACACACUGUGGAAUCUGAUUGCCUUUUGUUCUUAUAGUAAAUUUCUAUGCAUAUAAAAUUCAGUCAAGGUUGAAUAAUCAGUCCCCACCCCAGAUAAUUUAUAAUAAUGUAUUAUAAUGCCAACACUAAAAUUCUGUAAGUAGAUGAUUUUAAUCUUCAAAAAGGAAUAGUGUUGGAUAUAUUCUGUAUAGAAUAUUUUAUUGAUACUGUCUACUUGUUUUUUAAAAGAAGGAUCUCUCUUUGUGUAGCUCAGGCUGCUCUGGAACUCAUUAGAUACCCCAGCGAGGCCUCAGCUCUCCAAGUGCUGAGAUUACAGGCAUGAGCCAACAUGUCUUUCUCUUCUGUUUUUAUAUUAUACCAUUCAAGUUCAGAUUUUUUAAAUUGAUGUCUUCUAGCUUUGAGAAGAUACAGUUGAUCAAAUGCCCUAAUUCCUACAUAUAUGAAAUAAAAUAUUUGGUUUCUAAAUGAACUACAGCAAAUGCAAAUUCUAGAAAACUAAUCAUUUCUUUCCUCUCUAAGGAAGAACUCUAAUACUAGACCAGUCUACACAGUUUGUAGCAAACCUAAGCGUCUGCAUUCCAAAUAUUGGGAUUACAGACAUGAGCCACCAUGCCUGUCUUUGUGUGUAUGUGUGGUACUAGGGGUGGAACCAGGGUCUUGCACAGACAAGUGCUCUGCUACUGGCUGUAUCCCAGGAUCCUGAUACUAGUCUUUUAUAACUCAGUGCUUUAAAAUUCUUUAUACUUUAAAGUGGACACAAAAAUGAGAGCAAGUUGUUCACAUUUAUUCAGUUUGUCUAGUCUCAGCUAGCCACCUUCAGGUUUCAGAGUUAUUCGAAUACCCAGGUCUUGACGUGUGUCUGUCUUCUAAUAACCACACAUGGCAGUGUGUACCUGUCUACUCAGAAAGCUAAUGGAGAGGAUCAUUUCAGCCCAGGAGUUUGAGACUGGACUGGAAAAAUACAGCAAAUCUUUGUCUUAAAACUACACAUGCACACAAAAAAAGUAAAACUGUGAAUGUCUUAAGUAAUUUCAGCAAUCUCACCUGAAAUCACCCCCAUGGCUCUGUUGCGUCUACUGGCAUGCAGGACAAAUUCUGAGACAGGAAACACUGAGUUCCGAGUUUAUCUUGUGAAUGUAUAAUGUCAAUUUUAUAAUUCAUUCUUAAAUUUCUAAGCAAUUAAUUUAUAUGGUUUAUAAUAUGUUUGUAAAAAUUAUAAGCAUGUACCUUCUAAGGGUCUAAGUUAUGGAAUGUAAUAGAAAUUGUUGGGAAGGUACGAAGGUAUAUCCCUGUAUCUUCACUUGUUAAUUGCUGUGCCCUAAGCAACUUGCUGGCAGGAUUUGAGUAUUGUCAUUUUUAUGGGCCAUUGCCAGUUUUCUAAGUGUAAAUGUUUGUCCUUCCCACCUGCCCCAAAAGAAGGUUCUCUGAGAUUAUCAUAUUAAAAGACAAGCUGGCUGGCGUGAUGAAUGUCAAGCAGCCCUUAAUGCCAAAGGUCAACCUAAGGUAAGAUUGACUGGGUGUUGUCCUGCUGCUGGUUGGUUCAGACUGGAAUGUGGCUUUUUGUAUAAUAAAUAAAAAGCUGACAGCUGGAGCUAGGGCAGGAAGUAUGGGGCAUAGCUUCUGUGCAGACAGACACAUAGGCAGAUAUGCAGGUAUGGAGAGAUGCAGGGGGAUUUGGAAGGAGGCAAAAGGGAGGGAGGGGGCAGAAGGGAGAUGGAUGGAGCUGAGACCAUGAAGUGAGAACCACAUGGAGGAAUGGGGUGGUGGUGGUUUGAAUAUGCUUGGCCCAUGGGAAGUGGCACUAUUAGGUAUGGCUUGUUAAAGGAAAUGUGUCCCUUUGGGGGUGGGCUUUGAAGUCCUAUGCUCAAGCUCUACCAUGUAAGGAGAGACUCCUCCUGAUUGCCUGCAGGAGAGAAUCCCCUUCUGCCUGCCUUCAAAUCAAGAUGUAGAACUCUUAGUUCUUUCUCCAACACCAUGUCUGUCUGUAUGCUGCCAUGUUUUCUGCCUUGAUGAUAAUGGACUGAACCUAUGAAACGAUGGUCUGUUCUAAGCUACGCACAAAUGAAUAUCAUUGGUGUGUUGGCCAGAACCAAAGACUUUGGGAACCACCGCUGCAGCUGCUGGCUGCUGUGACCCUGCAAGACCGAUGCCACGCAGACUGCUGCCCACCACCACUGCACCACAUUAGCCGCUACUACCUGCCGUCACCGACCAGUGCCACAGACCAACUCCACCUGCCACUGCAAGGCUCACAGAACUUCUACCACUUGAGCUGUGCCACUGCGGCCCACCACGUGGAGCUAGCCUCUGCCACAUGGGCUAGGCAGCCUACACACAGACCUCACAGUUCUACAGACACCGAAAACACACACCAGCAUACUGAUUGAUCCCCUUACAGGUAAACCCAGUUCAUCCAUGGCUGCUGGAUGGCUACAAAAUUGUAUGACUUAGUACAUAUGAAAAAGACAUGAAUCUGACUGAAAUAUGGCAAGUGACUGGCUGUUUUGUGUUAUUGGUGAUAUGUUCAUUCUGAGAAAAAAUAGAAUAGUCACAUUUACAUCC